AUGGAAAAGAAGACAAUAGUGCCAAAGCAAAAGAUUUACAUGUUCAAAGUUAUAUCACUCGAUACAGACAAGGACAUAUUCAAAACAUAUUACAAGCAAAUGAUUCAAGACUCAUCACGAACUCGUACUUGUACUCUUCCAAUCAGCUGUACAAAAGGAAUAGUUGACUCUUUUAUGGAAAGUCACAAGAAAUUCAAAUCACUUCCACCCUAUUUGCUUGAAGUUGACACUACCAAAAUGCCAAUUGUAGUCAAAGGAUUCAAAUAUUCUGUUGACAAAUUCUGUAAGAAGAUUGUAUACGAGAUUGCAAACUCUCCUUCUUUAGCACAAUCCGUGGUUUAUCCUUCCAACUGGACACCUCAACAGAACAAUCUUGAAAUUGUUAAGGUUCUUGACAAUUCUGAUGAAUACUUAAAAAUUGUCAACAGAUUUAAAGAAACCAUGCCAAAUUCUACAAUUGUCUCCAUUGAGAGAAUUCAAAACAAAUUCCUCUAUCAAGCGUUCAAAAACGAAUGGGAUCGAUUGGAAAGCAUCAAAAAGGAACUGAAAGGCUCCUGGUCUUGUGAUCCUGUACAACUCUUCCAUGGAACAAGAGGUACCAAUCCAGUUCUAAUUUACAAUGGACAAGAUGGAUUCGAUAUGCGUUUUUCAGCUUCAGGAAUGUGGGGACAGGGAAUUUACUUUGCUAAAAAAGCGAGCUAUUCCAACGGCUAUGGAUUUACGAAUGAAAAUAACACCAAAAAGAUGUUUCUUGCUGACGUUUUGCUCGGUGAUUACAUUGAAAUUCGUUCAGAUAAUUCCUUACGUUUGCCACCUGAAAAACCUGGUAUUUCCACAUCUGUCUUUGCAACCGUUCGAUAUGAUAGUGUUAAAGGUUUCACUGGUGAUUCUGAUGUAUACAUUGUAUACCAAAAUUCCAAGGCUUAUCCGUCAUACCUGAUUACUUACAGACCUUAA